UAAAGGCUACACUGAUGCAGAUUUGGAGGAGAUUUUUGAUGCAGAAAUUAUGCUCUGGAAAUCUGCCUGCUUGGAAAAUCUAUUAAAGAUGUAAAGGAUGCAUACAGACUCGGGAAAUAUGAGUCGAGCCGCUCUGAGUAAACACAUGAACCUGGAGCAUCUCAGCGAUGAAGAAUGCGAGAAGAUCCUGCGUGUGUUACAGAAAGAUUUCGAGCUUCGCGACAAGGAGAGAGAACGACUGCAUAAAAUUGAGGAAAGUUUAAAAGAGGAAGAGGAAAAAACUGAGGUGAUAGCAGUCAAAACCAAACUAAACGAGGAGGUCUGUGUCCGAUGCUGUCAGAAGUUUGGAAUCAUCUUCAAUCGGAAGCAGCUGUGUCUUACCUGUAAACACUAUGUCUGCAAACGUUGUGCCGUCUACAAUGACAAUGAAAAGGGCUACACCUGCCAUGCCUGCAUCAAAGAAAGGGAGUUGAAGCUGAAGUCUUUUGAAUGGUUUUACAACAAUGUCAGCAGCAAAUUCAAAAGAUUUGGGAGUGCCAAGGUAGUGCGGUCUUUAUACAAACAGAGGGGAGCAAGAGGCCGAGCUUAUCAUACUGACAAUGAAAGUGACACAGGAUACGACCCCAGCUUUCUGGCUUCUCUGAGGGCUGGGGGUAGGGGGGUUGGAGAAAUUUCUGACCCUGAGGAUGGGAGAAGAGAAGAGGAGGAGAGCUUGAAUCUCAACAGUGAUGGGGAAAAAGAAAUUGAGUCCAUAGGACCAGCUCCCAUUACAACAACUACUGUUUCUCGUGCAACUUCUGUGGAAACGCUGAACCAUGACAACAAGAAAAACUACAACAACAACAACAACGUUAACAACAGCAGCAGCAGCACUGCUGAAGUUCAAGUGGACAACAUACCCAAGGAAAAAAGUAAAGAAGAUAUAUACAAAGAGGCAUUUGAGCACUACAAAGAAACGGAGGAAAAGAAAUUCAACUAUAAGUUUGACUCCCUCCUCCAGGAGCUUUACCAGUCUCUAGAACAACCUGUCCUCAAUGGAGGUUCGAGUUACGGCAGUACCUCAUAUGGGGAAGUUUUAGAGAAGUACAGGUCACGGUUACGAGAAUUAUUGGUCGGUGUCUCGCAACGCUUGGAAAUGGCUGUGGAAAGUUUUGACAGUACCCCUUCCCAGUCAGCUGUGGACACUGCUCAGAAGGUGAAAAAACUGGUCUCCAAGUUGGUAGAAGAGAGUUUUGGAGAGUCCAUUGACGUUACCUCUGAUGAAGCUGUCUCAGAUCUGUCCUCACUAUCGGAUGAUUCCUGUGACCACCAAGUGAAAUCAUUCGAGGAUCAGCUCGCUCAUGCUGUGGUAGCCAGGGUACUAGAAAAUUUUGGCAGAGAUAGAAAUAUAGACAUUCCAUUAGACUUUAUAGAUGGAAAUGCUUUAACAAAUCAAGUGUCCGAUGGACGAUCUCAUUCCUCAGACAACAAAUCUCACCCAGAUCUCGCAAGUCGCGGUGCCUCAUCAGAUGAGGAAAAUAGUGUGGUGACUAAAGUCGAGCGCCGCUCGCUAUUAGGAUUCGCUGAUUCGGGCGGAUUUGAUGUGGACGAGUUGGAUGUGAAUGAAUCUGUGAGUGAUUCAGAAAAUAGGUUACAUCCAGUGGAGGAUAGAGUUUCCAGGGAUAUAUCAAGGCCAGUACACGAACCUCUCGAUGACAGUAGUUAUGAAGUGAUAAGUGUAAACGACCUUGACGUUGAAAAUCAUUUGAGUGAGGACAUAGUGGAUGGUGAAGGAGUGGAUCAAAGAUUUUCAGGAGAGGAAGAGGUGGAAGAAGAGGAUAUUACCACAGAAAGUGUUCACGCCGAUAACUUACAACAGGACUUUGAACAGCUAAAACGCAUUGCCAAAGAUAUUAAAUCACCUCGACAUAGAGUUCAGGCUCAUGACAUUCAGGAAGAAAUUGAAUUCGAUGAGGAACCAAUUGAACCUGUGACAGUGAAUCGUGACGAAUCAAAAAGUGAGUUUGUGUCACGGUUGUCUACAUACGACCGUUUGCAUGACACAGAGAAAUAUUCACUUCCUGACUUUUCGGAGGAUUAUGAGGAUAACGAAUUCUUUCAAAAUGAGGUGGACCCAGAUCUGUUAUCCAUGAAUCUUGCACCGAUUCUUGAGGAGGAUGAGGAGGACUUCCAAGAGGAGGAGAAUGAGGAGGGUGUGUCCUUACAUCCCAGGUUUAAUGGAGAGAAAAGUUGGCGAGAUAACUGGAUCUUUAACAAAUCUGGCCUCUCCCCCUUCUCCAGCCUGGGGGGUGGGGGUCUGGCAGGGAGGUCACUAGAUGAAGUGUACCUCACCAUCCCCCAGCCAGAUGAUGACAUCACAGCUCGAGUUGGAAACAGGGAUGUAGACCAAAUGUCAGAUGACCUUUCCGAAGGUCAUGAAGAAAAUCUGAUGGACGAUGAAGUUUCAUUCUUUGCCAAAUCUGUGGAUGAAAUUGCGAGGAUCACAACCCGGAUGAUGUCAUCCUCCCCUCACCCCCGACCCCUCUCUUCCACCAGUGUCCAAACGGUGGAUUCAGACACAUCUAUAGACACAUCUAUCUCUAAAUAUACCAGUACCAGCACUGCUAAAACUGAGCCUACCUACAUUGAGGAACUGAUUCCGGCAGAGGGAGAUGAUCCAAAGUUUGAUAUCCCACCAGAGAGUGUAACAGUAAAGGAGGGGGAACCAGCCAAAUUCAGCUGCAGAGUCAGUGGAACUGAACCCAUAGAAGUGAUAUGGUACAGAGUGGAGGAUGGGGAUCUACAACAACUGGAGGACUCGGAAGAUUAUGAGUUCACUCAGGAUCACAACAGACAUGGUGCUACGGUGUUCAACACGGCCAAACAUAUGGCCGGCCAGCUGAUGUGUAUGGCAAUCAACGAGAAAGCACACUGCUCGCAGUCCUUUAUCCUCAAAGUUAAAAACAAUAACCAAGAAAUGAAGAAACCAGAAUUUUUGAAAGAAAUUGAAGAUCAAGAGGUCAAGGAAGGUCAACAUGUCAAAUUCAGGGCAAAAGUCAAAGGUUAUCCACUUCCAAGAGUUGUUUGGUACAAAGAUGGAAAUUUACUGAAAAAUGGUUCAAACUUCAAGAUAGAGAAGUUUGGAAACAGGGAUUACCUUUUAAAUAUAGAAUAUGCCACCCCUGAGGAGGAUGCUGAAUAUUGGGUUGUUGCCAAGAAUGUUGCUGGGGAAACGAAAUCAACAGCUCAGCUGAUUGUUCAGUCCAAGGAACUUGACUCCUCUCCCAAGACAAAAGUGAUCAGCUCUACACCAAUCAAAAACAAGGAUGACCAGCAGCUGUCCAACAUGGGGAGGAAGUUGUUUAUGACCCAUGAGAAAGUGCAGGAGGAGAGUGAGAGUAUGAUGGAGUCGGCCAACAAGCUGGCUGAAAUGCACUCUUCACUGGAUCAGUUUGAUGCCAUGCUCUCCUCAUUUGAGGCUGAGAUAGAAGUGUCCUCAACUCCUCACCCUUCUCCUCCCUCAGAGUUUGCAGAUGAGGACCCCAUGCUUAAACAUGAUCUCCGUAAGAGUGUGGAGAGUUAUAACAGCAUGAAGGAUGCAGCUUCAAAUCUACGCAACACCACCUCGUCUGCUUUACAACUGUUGAAAUCCACUGAAAAUCUCAUCCAUUCCCAACCUGAGGAGGAUCUGUUUACUACAAACUCUCCCAGGGAGAGAACCUCGUCUUCCAGUUCUCAAGAGGACCAGGAAAAUAACAAUCUAAUGAAGUCCUCCGAGAGGCAAAUGGACAAUGUUACUCCAGUACCUCUAACAAAAGUCCCACCCCUAGAUUUCUCUGAACACUCUGAAGUGACAGACAAUAAACCCUUGACCUCAGAAACUGUGAUAGAACCUGCCUCAAGAACACUUCAGGAAUCUGUGAAAAGCAGUGAUUUAUCCAAUGAGAAUGAAGAGUUUGUGGAAAGGAGUAAUUUAUCCAAUGAAAAUGAAGAACCAAUGGUGAUCAAUUUCGGUUCCAAGGAGGUUUCUGGGGAAAUGUAUGGAAGAGAUUUUUAUGUGCAGGGAGAGAAGAAAAAUUCUCCCAGACACUGGGAGGUGAAGCUUCCACAGUACUCUCCUCGAGGAGGAAAAGUCAUGACCCAGGAGAGUUUGGAGGCAGCAGAGGAGGAGAUAUACAUAACGUACAGUCACAUCUGUAAUCUGGAGGAACAAAUUCACAACCUAGAGUAUAGGUUAAGUCACACACCCCUGUCACAAAAGAGAAAGCUGCAAGACCUAGAAGAUGAGGUGGCACUUGUUGUGGCACACACAAACCUCACUGAGCAACGUGUCAUCAGUGUCGAGCAGCAGUUGGAUUUGAACAGCUGUCCGUCAAUCACCACCGGACACACCACGGAGGGGAGCAUCAGCAGCCUAUCCCCGAGUCUCUCCAUAGACUCUGGAUUCUCCUCCAUCCGAGAAAAACCCCAGCAGACACAGAUGAUUGGAGAAACCAGCGAAAGGGACAUUCCGGAGAGUCGCACAGAGUUCAACGAAGAAAUGGGAGCUAUUGAGCUGCCCUCUGUGAACCGCUUAAAGUCACUGUUCAACGCCGGGAAGGGAGACGACUCCGCAUCAGUGAAGCGGUUUGAAAAUGUUCUAAGCUCAGGGGUACACAGUAUCACUGGUCGCAGUGUUCCUAAAGAGAAGCUAGAUAAAUACCGAAACCUUUCAUCCCCCUUAACUAAACCUGUACAAUCACCAAAGCAACCCACCCCAGGAAAGAGCACUCUUACUGUGACCUUGACCUCCAAACAUCCAGGGACGAAACAGCUGAAUGCUGAACCUACUCAAAUCUUUCCUGAAAAGAAAGGAGAAUUUUUUCCCGAUUCUUCCCAGCAGAAAACUCAAAAUGUCACAUCUACAAAGGCAGUACCUAGUACUAAAACCAAAGCUGCCCCACCAGCCCCUACUUCACAAAUUAAACAGGCAGCAGUAACUCCUGCUUCAAGGACACAGACUGACUCUGGGUCAAGAUCAAAAGCACCUUCCCAGAAUGAACCUGGAGCUUCUUCAGCAGAUGCUCAACCUAAAGGGAAAACGAGGAUAAAGUCAGGAUGUAUAACUGCUAGAGCUUCUUUCUGGGAAAAACGAAUUCAUGGAGAAGAAACUAAAGAGGAAGAUUAUCCUGAAAUGGUCGAGCAUGUUGAUGAAUGACAUAUUUUUCAGUAUAAAUGUCAAUUCAGGGAAAAAAAGGAUCUAUGAUUUUCAUAAUUGAUUUAAGUAUGUGUAACACUCUCUGCUGGAUGUGAUAUACUUAUGGACUUAUUUUCAGACUGGUAAACUGUGCAACAUAUUAACUGAUAUAUAACUAAUGAAGUCUGUAAUUGAAUUUCACAGAUAAAAUAUAUGCAUAAUCACUACUACAUUAAUUCUGAUAUUUUAAUCUAGGAUAUAUAUAUUUUUUCAAGGUUGUUUUUUUUUUUCACCUUUUCCAUUUAAUGUAGGGUUUUAAAUGGAAAUGUUCACAAUAAUCAACUGCCAUAAGCUUUUGUAUUUUUCUUCCAUCAUUCUGUAAAACCUUAAUUUGAACUUUGGGUUUGUUAUUUGUUAUGUUGUUAUUUAUAACCACUGAUAUUUCCUCAUGUCUUGAUAUUAUACAUUCCAAUGAGUAUCGUGUAUACUAGCCUGUGAUUGGUUCAUAUAUUCUGACUAUUUAUCACAUUGCUACAUUAAUAUAUACAGUGUAUAUUUCAAUCAAACUAUUUUCUAAAAAUGAAUACUUGUACAAUAAGUGCAAUAUAUACCAUUAAAAAAUGAUA